AUGGUUCGCUCCAUCUUCUCCACAGUUGUUAUUGGGAGCUCUCAACAAUGUUCACCUCUUUGCAGAUGGAACCUGACGUCAUGCGGCACUAGUGUUGCCAGUUCUGAUUGCAGUGAAGAACUCUUCUCCUCCGUUUCUGUGGGCGAUCAGGAUGACUGUUAUUCCCUCCUGGAUGAUCAGGAUCUCACCUCCUUUGACCUGUUCCCAGAAGGCAGUGUCUGCAGCGACGUGUCAUCCUCCAUCAGCACUUAUUGGGACUGGUCAGACAGCGAAUUUGAGUGGCAGUUACCAGGCAGUGACAUAGCCAGUGGCAGUGAUGUGUUGUCAGACAUCAUACCCAGCGUGCCCAGUUCACCCUGCCUUGUAUCCAAAAGAAAAAACAAACCACACCGAAAUCUGGAUGAGCUGCCCUGGAGUGCCAUGACUAAUGAUGAACAGGUGGAAUAUAUUGAAUAUUUAAGUCGAAAAGUGAGCACAGAGAUGGGUCUUCGGGAGCAACUUGAUAUCAUAAAAAUAAUUGACCCGAGCGCACAGAUACUGCCGACAGACAGCGAGUUCAUCAUUGAACUAAACUGCCUCACAGAUGACAAACUUAAACAGGUGAGGAGCUACAUACGUGAGCACAGUCCACGGCAGCGUCCCAUUAUGACACGUGAUGGCUGGAAGAGGAGCAUGGCAAGCAGUGGCAGCACCAGUGGUGUGAGUGCUCACAGCAGCAGUAAUGUCAGCAUAGUAAGCAGUGCCAGCAGUAGCACGACUUCCACGGGGUCCAAUUCCUCCACAAGCAUCAGCCGUGCACACAGUGAUGGAAACCUGGCCACCGCUGCAGAGAGAAUAAGAGACUCUAAGAAACGCUCCAAGCAGAGGAAGAUGCAGCAGAAAGCUUUACGCAAGCGCCAGCUGAAGGAGCAGAGACAGGCUCGCAAAGAGAGACUGAGCGGCCUCUUCCUUAAUGAGGAGGUCCUUUCACUUAAAGUCACAGAGGAGGAAGACCAUUGUGAUGAUGUUGAUGUAUUGAUGUGACGAGAGUGAAUUAUUCAGUGUUCCUUCUAAGCCUCUUUCAAUGCAGCAUUAAUUACUCUGUUCUAGACAUCUCUCGGCAACCAGGGGCCUGAUGUAUAAAUGUUGCGUGCACAAAAAAAGGCGCUGAAAUAUGUGUACGUAAUUUUCCCCGCUCAUAUCUGAAUUUAUAAAAAAAUAAAUUUAGUGUAAAUAUUUGCGUAUGCAUUGUUUUACUGGAGUGAGCGAAGUAAACAAUGAUUUUAAAAACUGUUUUCAGUUUUGAUGCAUUUUGUACACAUUUCAAUUAAAUAUUCCACUCAUUAAUGGAGUUAAGCACUCAAAUUACAUAGUCAUUAUCCAGAAAUUAAACAAAAAUUAUGAAUUUAGAAAUAUUUGAAGUGGAUGUGUUGCUUUGAACUCUUUUCCUGUUGCAUGCUACAUUUUCAUGUUUUAGUGACAGUGAAGAGUGCUAGGCGCUUGAUAAUUCUUCUUUAAUCUAAAUUCCAUUACUCUUGUUCUGAGAAAAUAUUUCUCGUGAGAAAAAUAAUCAAUGAUGCACACUUUUGUUCACUGGUAGAGAGGUCCAUUGGCUGGUCUGAAUGGCUCUGAUGACAACACUACAAUCACUGCUGCACGCAGGUGUUCUGUUAAUGAGCAGUUAGAUGGUAUCCUAAUGAUAACUCCUUCUGUGAUCUUCCAAACAUUGUGAAAGAAACUAAGAUCUGCACGUUUUAUAAAAAAAAAAAGUUUUGUCAGAGUCCAAAAAAGGCCAGUCUGUUUCCAUUAAAAAUAUAUAAACAUUCUGAAACAUAUGUUUAUCUUUUAAAGGGACAAUUGCAUUGAUUGUAUUGGUUUAAAACAACUAAAAAACUGUUUGGCCAAUGAUAAAGAAAGAGAAUAGCUCUUCUCUAAAAAAAAACCUUCUCUGAAAAGUAAGCCUUAUUUUAUACAAUUAUAUUAUUUUAUACAAUUUGACUGCACAUUUAUAGUUUGAAUCUCAUAAUUUCCUAAUGUCUUGUACCGUUAAACAUGGUAUCACGUGGAUAGGAAUAUGCACAUGCCAAUGAUAUGCAGAUGACAUUUCGUGGUGGAGGUGCAUGUAUGUCGUGUCUUCUGCUGACUGGGUUUUAUAAAAGGAAUUUUGUGCACACACUUAGAAUGAAAUCUACGCAAAGUUUUAUACAUGAGGCCCCAGAUAUUUAGUUGUAAUAAUAAAAGUGUCUCUGCAGUUAUCCUAACAGUAAGUGCUGUCUGACCAACAUCUCCAGUGACUGUUUAUCAUACAUGUAAAUGUAAGUUAAUGUACAUCUCAUCAGUUUUCUGAAGUUAAAUCAUAGGUGCACACACUUACACGAAAAUGGUUGAAAGAAAAGUUGUCCAUGCAGUCCACAGACCCAUAAAAGACUGCUGCCUCCUAAAGUUGUUUGUACUUGAUGCAUGUUACUAGUCAGUACCAGUGGCAACGAGUUUCAUGAUUCUUGGUACCACAGCAAAAAUGUAUGUGCUAUUGAACACAAUUAAUUGUUUAAGCACACAGUUGCAUCUGUUAAGUUUAAUCUGUACUUGGUACAAUUUUAGUCAACACAUACUGUAAAUGAUAGGUAUUUUUGUAAUAGUUUGCCAGACUAGUGAUGAAAGUUAAACCUUAGAGUCUGAUAAAUAUGGAGGGCAUUGAAAAAAAAUAUAUAUUUGGUUUAAAUUUUUAAACCAAGUGUUUUGACUCUUGCCCAGAAGAUAAAACAUCCAGACAUGUAACAGCACAGUUAAAUGUGCAUUGUACCUUACGAAUUCAAGUUCUUAAAUGCUGUUUAAAAACAUUAUAAGGACAGUGACAAAUGUUUGAAAAUAUAUUUCAUCAUGUUAUACAACUACAUCAUUAUGUACAUCAUUUAUUGGGUAAUUAUUGCUUGUAGAAGUACAUACAAUAUGAACUCAGGCAUAGAGGGAACACUGACAAAUUAUGUCAUUGCCUUCAUUUUGUAUCUACUUUAAUUUUUUUGAAAGGUCAUACAAAUAUGUUUUGGAACUUUUUGACAUUUAAAUUUCAUAUUAAAAACUAAUAGAAUACGAUACCUGAAAAAAUAUUACUUUGCUCUCUUUUAGCCAAGUUGGGGAAAAGUAAUAUUUCCAACUUUUUAUUGUAAUUAUAUUUAUGUAAUCUGGGUUAAAUAUUGGAAGUGAGGGGACUACCUUUUAGUGUAAAAAAAAAAAUACAUUACAUCUUGGAAUUUGUUGAGGUUAUGCUACCUUAAGGUUAGCAUUAGUUUAGUAACAGAAGUUCAUUUAUUUUUAACCUUACAAAUAUGUUAUUUAUGCAUUCUUUAUCCAUUUAAACAUCCUUUUAUUGCAAAUGUGCAGAAAAUAACAAUGGGCAAAAAUUAAGAUUUUAAUCUAAAAAAAUGGAUUAACCUAAAAUAUUUUUUCUUCGAUCUUUCAAACAUAAAUGCACAGAUACUCAAACAAUGGGAAAAUUCUGUUUAGUUGCAGUGUGUCUAAUGACAUACAUUUUUAGAGAAGUCCAUUUUGUUAUUCUUUACUCUAUUUGUAAGAUUAGUACAUAGAUAUUUUGAUUUCUGACAUAAAUGUGUAAGAUGAAGUUAGUAUGACUUAACUGCUUUGCUGAAAUGUCUGAAUAUUCUUAAUUUCAUCAAAUAAAAUCAAAGUAUGACAUGA